AUGGACUACUUGACAAGAAUACUGAGGACUUUGGAUAAUCACCCUAGAUUCUCUUAUCAUCCAAGAUGCAAGCAUAUCAAACUAUCUCACAUGAUUUUUUCUGAUGAUAUUAUCUUAUGCUAUGAUGGGAAAUUCCCAGCUGUUUACACAAUGCUUCAGGCAGUAAAACUAUUUUUAGACUCAUCUGGGCUGCAGAUAAGUGAUCAAAAAUCAGAGUUUUACACAGCUGGGGUGGAUACAGAUGUGAUUGAUAGAAUCAAGAGAGUGUAUGGAUUCACUCAUAACACUCUUCCAUUUAAGUAUCUGGGAGUUCCAAUUUGUUCAAAGAAGAUUUCAGUUAGUGAAUGCAAUGGAAUAAUUGAGAAGAUGAGUUCAAGAAUCAAGGUUUGGAGUAGUAGAAAACUCUCCUACACUGCUAGGCUCAAUCUUAUUAAUUAUGUGCUUAUUAGCAUUCACCAGCAUUGGGCUCAGAUUUUCAUAAUUCCUAGAUAUGUGUUGAAGGAAAUUGAGAAGUUGUGUAGGGCCUUUCUGUGGACAGGUAGUUGUUAUAGUGCUAGACCUGGAAAUAUCUCCUGGGAAAAAUUUUGCUCUCCUAAACAAGCUGGGGGAUUGGGGAUAAGAUCCCUAACCAUGUCUGCCCGGCAAGGUAAAAGAGUAGAAACCUUUCAAAAUCCUAUUGUAAUCAGUGAUGAUGAAGGUGGUGGUAUUAAUGAACCUGGCAAUAAUAAUUACACCAGCCUAGAAUAUAUUAUACGUAAUAUACUAAGAGUAGGUAUGGACAAUGAUGAUGAGCUCAUUGUGGAGUUUGACCGUGCUAGAGGAUAUACCAUAUUCGAUAUUUACCAUGCUGCCUGCAGGUUUGAAAGUGAUUCAUAA